AUGAGGUUCCUUCGCGCAGGGGCUUUGGCAGCCUCGCUUUCCGCCACCUCCGCCUUGAAGAAUAACACCUACGACUAUAUUGUUGUCGGCGGUGGUCCUUCUGGUAUCAUCACAGCGGAGAGAUUCGCCGAAGCGGGCAAGAAUGUCCUUCUCCUCGAACGAGGUGUCGGUCCCACCGUUAGCACUGGCAACAACGAAACGCUGAGCUGGAACCGUACCUUGACCCCCAUCGACGUUCCUGGACUGUCGGCGGAUAUUGCCAACUUGGACGUCUGGAAUCAGUACAUGUGUACUGACACCGACGGAACUGCGGCUUGUGUGCUGGGUGGUGGUGUCACGGUCAACUACAUGGUCUUUGUCCACCCCCCUGACCAUGAUUUCGAUGACAAGUGGCCCCAGGGAUGGAAAUGGGAGGAUGUCAAGCCCGCGUCUGAGCGUCUGUACCAACGCAAUCCCGGAACCACCCAACCUUCUGCCGAUGGCAACCGUUACGACCAAGGUCUUUACAAAGUGCUCUCCAAGUUCUUCAACCAGCUGGGUUGGAAGUCAGUCGACAUGAUUGCCGCUCCGAAUGAGAAGCACCAAAUCUACAGUUACCCCGCGUGGAACAUCGUGAAUGAGAAGCGUGCUGGUCCGGUUCGUACCUACCUGCCUCUGGUGAAGGAUGCCGACAACUUCACCCUGCGCCUGAACUCUAAGGUCAACCGCCUCGUCAGAUCCGGCAGUGAGGUGACUGGCGUUGAGGUUGUUGACGCGGUCACUGGAAAAACGGAAGUGGUCACCCUUGCUCCCCAUGGCCGUGUGCGCUCUCUACCCCCCCGGGUGCUCUUCAACUCCGGUAUCGGCCCUAAGAAGCAGAUCGAGACGGCCAAGAAGAGUGGUGUCGCCGUUCCGCCGCAAGAGGAAUGGAUCGACCUGCCUGUCGGUGUCGGACUCAAAGACCACCCGAUCUUCACUAUCAAUGUAGACACCGGUGCUGAUUUCGGCCUUCUUGACUACGACAGCAUUGUCAACGGCUCCGACACUACUGACAUUAACCUGUACCGCCAGAACAGCGGAGUCCUCACCCAGGGCAAGCACCGCAUGAUCUUCUUCACUUCUAACCAGGUCAAUGGACACACCCGAUACUACCAGGGAUCCUGUGCGCCCGCAGGUGAGGGUGUCGUCUCAAUCACAGCCUACAUGACCCACGGUCUGACUUCUGAGGGCCUCCUCGGUCUGGACGAGAAGGGUAACACCGUGAUCGAGCAGUCACCCUACCUGACUACUGCUGAGGACCGCACCGCCGCAAAGCUCUUCAUUGAUCAGAUCCUGUACGACAUUACUGACUCAUCCACUGGUUUCAAGUUGCAGGGCAACACUAACACCUCUGCUAUCCUCGCUUCGCCGUCUGUUGGUGUUCACUAUGUCGGCACGGCCAAGAUGGGCACUGACGACGGACGCAAGAACGGCACAUCCGUGGUCGACACCAACACUAAGGUGUAUGGCAUGGACAAUCUGUAUGUUGUUGAUGGCAGUAUGCACCCUGAUCUCCCGACGGGUAACAUCCAAGCCACCAUCAUGGUUGCUGCCGAGCAUGCUGCUGCUAAGAUUCUUGCCCAGCACUAA